UCCUUGGUCACGAGGACUGAGUCAGCCAAAUAUAUUUUUCGUUCAAGUCAGACUUCUUACGUCAGAUAUUUGCAAUUAUUUUGAAAUCUUACUUUAUAAAAAUUAAAACGUUUGGAAAUUCCAUUUCGAAAACAGUGUGAGAAAUCGAGGACGAUAGGAACCAAGUUAGUGUCAGGGUUGAAAUUUGACUUUAAAUUGAAUAAAUUGGCAAGGAGACGAGAGGAAGAUAACUGUUAUUGAAAUCGUAUUCAGAUAAGGAUGGAAGUACUUACAGAUUUCGUGACGGAUGAUUAUCUUCGGGAAUUUGAGGUUAAAUACAACGAUGAGAUAGCCAACAGCAAUGGGAAACCGAACGACGAGACGGUAUUUCAAUAUGCUUGGUGUCUAACCCGAUCCAGACUGUUGUCCGAUGUGAAGAAAGGGGUCAUGUUUCUCGAACAACUAUUAGCCAGUUGUAAAACGGACCAGGCCCACAAACGGGAUUAUUUGUACUAUCUGGCGGUCGGAUACACGAGAAUGAAGGAUUUCACAGUGGCUAGAAAGUAUAUCAAAAGUCUCUUACAGUUGGAACCUGGUAAUCGCCAAGCUCAAGAACUAGAGAAAGCUAUCAAGAGUGAGAUGGAAACUGAGGCGUUGAAGGGAGCCGCGAUGGCGGGGGGUGGCCUACUUGCAGCCGGCGCUCUGGUCGCACUGGGAAUGGCCUUGUUGAAAAAGAAAUGAAAUGCAGUCUCCUCCUCUUCCUUGGUCCCCCACUCAGGAUUCAGGAAAUAAUUCGAUUCAGCUCUCAACUCUUCUGGUCCUUAAAGCUUCGAUAUUAAUGAAUUAAGAUGAAAUAUAAGAAGACAACAAUAUUUAUCACGCAGUUCGCAUAAGUAAUGAAGGUUAAAGCUUGAAUUAUACACAAUUUUCGUUAUGUUACUUUACGUCAAUUCCUAUAUUAUUAUGUGCCCGUACUGAAUUAUAUAUAUAUUAUAGAUAUGUCGUAAUAAUGAAUUUGUAAUGGUAUUUGUAGUGCCUAAAAGUAAGGUGAGAUUUUAAACUGAUGGUCGGUGAAAGUGUGAUUCUGAUUAAAAGCAUAUGUAACUGGAGGCUAGUACUUUGGCGAAUAGAGAGCUAUUAAAUUUAUUAUAGAUCGUGA